AUGAGAUACCACACCACCAUCCUCCUCGCCGCAGGUGCAUUCGCUGUCCACGUCGCCGCAAUCCAAGUGCGCUCCGAAGUGCCCGAGGGCUACACCAUCCAGCCGAUGACCUGGCGGGGCGUGAUCGAGAAGGACGGCCCGGAGAUGGCGUUCAACGGCACGAUCCAGCAAGUGGAGGCCCAGAUCCAGGCCAUGAAGCCGGGCUUCACGUGGCAGGCACUCCGUCGUGAUCUCGGGAUGCCGCAGACGUCUCUGCAGAAGCGAAGCAAGGACAAGAUCUACUGCGACAUAGGCGGCGACCUCAGCGUCCCCAAUGGGCCCCUCACAGUCCACGUCGAGUGGGCGCACGACGCCCUGCAAGCCAACACGGGCACAUGCGCCGUAGACGGCGGGCCCAAGGUGUGCUCGCGCGUGGCGUGCUCCUCAAACGCCGGGGUGUGGUUGUGUAACGACAGCACGGACCGCAUCGAGCCAAAGUGCCACGACUUGGCGUCGUACGUGCAGGAUAUCAUCGGCCGGUGCAAUAAGGAUAGUCACGGCCAUAAGACCACGAGGGGCCAGGAGUUCGAUACGGGUAACUUCAUUGUCAAUACGGGAUGGGCGUCGGACUGCUGA